GUCUCUCUCUUUCUCUCUCUCUCUCUCUGUCUUUUUCUCUGUUCAUUUCUGUGAGCUGUUGGCUUUCUGCUAAGAAAGAAGGGAAAUGGGGGCUCUUGAUUAUAUUUCCAACUUUUGCACUGUCACCAGCACAAGAAGCAAACGCAAACCAAUGCAGACUGUUGAAAUCAAGGUUAAAAUGGACUGUGAUGGCUGUGAAAGAAGAGUGAAAAAUGCUGUUACCUCCAUGAAAGGUGUAAAAACAGUGGAAGUAAACCGAAAACAAAGCCGGGUAACCGUAAGCGGCUACGUUGAUCCGAACAAGGUGCUGAAGAGAGUGAAGAGCACUGGAAAGAGAGCAGAGUUCUGGCCUUAUAUCCCUCAACAUCUUGUCUAUUAUCCUUACGUUUCUGGUGCCUACGACAAAAGGGCACCCUCCGGCUUUGUUCGAAACGUUGUGCAAGCUUUUCCAGCAGCUUCUUCCUCGAAUGCACCCGAAGAGAAUUUCGUAUCGUUCUUCAGCGAUGAUAAUGUUCAUGCAUGUUCAAUAAUUUGCUUGGAUUACCCCAGGUGAGAACUGGUAAGAAAGGGGAAUGAGGACUAUCUUAUUAUUAUUAUUAUUAUUAUGAGAUUCACUAAACUUUAUGUUUUAAAAAUUGACCCUCCUUUUUUUAUCAAAAAAAAAAAAUGAUCCUCCUUUAUUUAUCAAUACAUAUUUAGC